CUUCUCUCUUUCACCCACUCCAUUCAUCAUAAACCCAACCUGUAAACUUCCACCUACCUAAGCCUAAACCGAAAACACCCAACUUCUAUUUCGAAUAUCACAGAUUGAUUUGAUUCAUCUACAAACAUUGCUUUCAAGGUUGAGGGUGUCAGUUACCAUGAUCGGCGGUGGAGAUUCCAGCAACGGCGGUGGCGGCGGUGAUCGCGAUCGUGUGAAGGGCUCAUGGAGUCCUCAAGAGGACGAGACGCUGAUGAAGCUCGUCGGCCAGCACGGUCCUCGGAACUGGUCCGUCAUCAGCGCCGGCAUCCCUGGCCGAUCCGGCAAGUCCUGCCGUCUCCGGUGGUGCAACCAGCUCAGCCCCGACGUGCAGCACCGCCCGUUUACCCCGACGGAGGACACGAUCAUCAUCCAGGCGCACGCCGUUCACGGCAACAAAUGGGCCACCAUCUCGCGCCUCCUCCCCGGCCGCACUGACAACGCCAUCAAGAACCACUGGAACUCGACGCUCCGCCGGCGACGCGGGGAGUCUUUGCCUCUGCCUCUGGCUUCACCUUCCCCGUCGCCGUCGCCUUCGCCGCCGCUGCCGUUCUCGAUGGCGAAGCGUCCGCACGGGUACGAGCUCCUCGACCGUUACGACGGUUUGAUGGAUCAGGGGUACCCGUUCAAGCGGCACUGCGUAGAGAAAGACGAUGAGGAGUCACGUGACGGGGUUGAGGAAGCGGAGACGAUGACGGAGGAGGAGGUUUUGGCGAGUUCGGUUCCGACGUCGUUGAGUUUGUUUCCGAUGGGGGAGAAGAAGAUGGUGGCGGUUGCAGAGAAAGAGGAGAAGAAGAUGGACAUGCAGGAAGGGUUGAUGAGGACGAUGAUGCAGCGCAUGAUAGCAGAAGAGGUUAGGGCUUACUUUGACAAGAUGAGAUUUGAUCCAAGACUUCAAAAGUGAGAGAGAAUGAAUGAAUGAUGGUUUAGAAAUGGAAUAAAAAAUUUGAUGACAUUCUUCUUGUGUUGAGUUUCUGAUUUCAUCAUGUGUUAUGUGGUUUCAGAGAUUCUUCUUCUGGUAUUUGACUUUUGAUGAUGAUGAUCUAGUUUUUAAUAAUUGUUUCUGGAUUGUAAAUGUUGGAUUUGUCAAUGUUAAAUGUAGCUGAUGAUAGAUUAGAGUUAGUGCAGUGGGAAAUUUGGAAGUACAUGUCUAUAAGAUAGAAGAAAAGAAAAUGGUUCAUAGAGCAACAAAGGGAUUGACACUCCAAAAGAGAAAGAUAUAAAGCGAAAAGAGAUAGAUAAUAGACGUGAUAUAUGAUGUGAUGUGAUAAAAAAAAUGAGUGAUAAUAAAGUGUUUGAAUGAUGUAUUAA